CGCUACUGGGAUAGCAGCUUGGACAUCACUGAUCUCAGUGGUCACGAUUUCACGAUCUUCAAGCAACUCCAAGGAAUGUUGGGAAUCGAGAACAUCUCAUUCGAGACUCUUUCUCGUUUCAAUGUCCGUGUUCAUACGGACACCUACGGACAACCGGCGAUUUUGUUCCCACGCUACCGUGGAAUGACAUCUCGUCUUCGUAUUCCCAUGGGAUUAAAGUUAAUCCGUAAGGUUGGAGAUCGGAUGGAGAAGGAAAAUUAUCCAUUGCCUGAUGAAACUUCUGUUCGUCAAAAGUUCAGUGGCGUCUUUGGACUCCAUAUGGCAACUUUGUCCGAUCGUAGUGUUGUGAUCACUACCAACGAGCGUGAUGCCCUGGCUAUCUACGAGGCCACCAAAGCGCUAGUAUUUGCUCUGCCCCAUGGGGAGAUCAUGGACCCACUAGUCCUACCUUACUUGGAGGAGUUUGACAAGAUCUACUUGUGGUUCCCAAUUCAACAUGUAAGCUAUGCCAAGGACUGGGGAAGUGCGUUGAACACUCUCAAGUGCCUUCUUGUCAAAAACGAGGAGCGCCCCAUCGAGUUGGUCCGGAACGGAGACCAUCGUCUUAUCCGCAACUCACUCUCUAACUCGGUUGUUCGUAUGCGUGAACGUGGUUUCCGCUCAAUGACAGAUUUGGACAUGCGUGAGGGAAUCCGUUCCGAUCUUCUGAACUCGACAAACCGAAUCGUUGGAUUCGGUCAAUGGAAACGUUUCGGAGUGCUGAACAAGUACCUCGGAGGUCUUCGCCCUGGAGAGAUGACCGUUUUGACUGGAGGAACUGGAAAUGGAAAGACAACUUUCUUGUGCGAAUACUCACUCGAUCUCUUCACUCAAGGGGUUCGCACACUUUUCUGCAGUUUCGAAAUGCCGGAGAAAAAGAUUCUCCACUGGAUGUUAGUCCAGUAUGCCGGUCUUACUAACAUUUCUCGUGUCUGCAGUCCAUCACAUCUUCGAAGCCUCGCGCGCACUAACUCGUAUAAAAAUGGCAUAAAACUUCCUCUUCAUCGUGUCGAGUACAGCAAUUCUAUCAACUCGUGGCUUGAUAGAUUCGAGCGUUCCAGCUCUGCAUUGACAAUGCUAGACUCUGAGGAGUUUAUGGAAAAGUCGAUUAAUGAAAUCGCAAGGGCUAUUCGAAUCCACGUGGAGAAUAGUGGAAUCCAGCACGUUGUCAUUGACAAUCUUCAGUUUUUGAUCAAUCAGGGUAUGAUGGCCGACGAGAAGUCUAGCGGCUUGGAUCGCUUCCACCUCCAGGACCGCUUCGUUGGAUACAUGCGCCAAUUGGCUACCCAGAACCAAAUCCACAUCACUAUGGUUGUUCACCCAAGAAAGACCGAUGGAGACACUGAGAUUGACGUCCAGCACUUUGGAGGAUCCGCUCGAGUCACCCAAGAAGCCGAUAACGUUUUGGCCAUCCAGCGGAAACGCGAUGAUCGUGAUCGCUCAAAAUUCAGAAAGUUCCUCUACAUCCUCAAAAACCGCUACUAUGGACGUCGAGUGGAGAGCGAUCAACUCGAGAUGGUCUUCAACCCAUCUACCUACUCUCACACCGUUGUCGAGUUCCCA